AUGGCAACUCAUCUUGAUAAGCAAACAAUUAUUUUAAAGGAUGAUAAGGAUGACAGUUCUUUGAAGAACAGAGACAAUGUUUUGCUUCCCUACCAAGAAGCUGGUUUAUCCUCUCCUGCUCCUACUAAAUUUAAUGAUGCUGAGCCUGCAGAGAGAAGAUUAUUUGUUGGAAUUGAAAUAAUACAUGAAAGGCUGAACUCAGGCAAAAGUAAAACAUCAAAGAAAGACAAUGAUAGAUCUAUGGAAAAGGAGGAGAAAAAUGAGCAAUGGUUUUCUCCUGAAGAAGGAACAAAGGCAUAUGUCUUCUUUGAGAAGGUUGUAAAUGCUGCUCAGACCUGGUUCAGUCUCUUCGGCUGGCCUGAAGGACCCCAUUCUCUUUCUAUUCCAGAAACAAUAAGAAGGGAAGUGUUUAAAAUACAAUUCUACUCGUCAACCUCAUCAUCCAAAAAAUUUUCCAGACAGAAUGACUUUUCCAUAUAUAAUAAGACCAUUUAUGAUGUGAUGCUCCACUUGAGUGGAAAAAUGCCACCUGGAAUUAAUUCAAGUCAGUCCUCACCUGAGGAUUAUACUGAAAGGGUGACUCAACUUCAUUUUCAACAUUCUUCACUCCUUGACUUUCUCAACGCUCAAGGAGCAUGUAUUUCUCAUGUGCUGCCAGAAUUUCUGCUUGAACCAGAAGAUUAUAAAAAGUGGAUUGAAAUUACUUCUUUCACUAAUACCUUGCCUGCAUGUUCCUGUAUACCUAAGGAAAAGCACUCUAUUGUUAUAGAUAUGACUCAGUUUGAAGCCUGGAGUAAACGGGCAUGGACAGAUGUAUUCCUUCAGAUAUACAAGGUUCUGGUACUAUCCCGGGUUGUACCACAUUGCAGCAGUAACAUGCCCCCCAUACAUGUACAGAAUUCACCAAAAGUCAAUCCUUGUUUUUUAUCCAGCAACAUAUAUUCUAAUUCUGAAAGGAUUCUGCUUAGUUGGAUGAACACAAAUUAUGAGAAUGCCCGACAUAUUAUAUGGAAAAACUGUCACCAAGGAGUUAUUCCCUCUGAGAGAUGGAUAUUAAAUUUUGACAAAGAUCUUUUAGAUGGCCUUGUUUUUGCAACACAGUUGGGAGCCUAUUGUCCGUUUUUGAUUGAAUCUCAUUUCGAAAAAAUGUACACACACCCAAAAAGUUCGGAACAGUAUCUGCACAAUUGCCUGAUUAUUGUGAAUGUACUUCGAGAAAUUGGCUUUGACAUGGACAUACAGGCCACGGAUAUCUGUGACCCUAAUCCAAUCCUGAUGCUCAUGCUUUGUGUCUACAUGUAUGAAAGGCUCCCUACAUAUCUCCCCAAGAAGGUGGUGCCCUUUCAUUGUACUCUACAUGACACUGUGCUGAGACAGAUUCUACUGAAAAAUCCAAGCUUGAAAAACUUAGUGUAUAAUGCUGUAAUUGUUGGAAAAGAUGCCUCUGACUUCUCCCUUUCCCAAACAGGGAACAUUGUGACAAUAUCUCCAAAGAUCAAAGGCUUUCUGCCAAGACUUUAUCCACUGCAGUUAAUAAGCCUUGUAUAUGUGGCCUAUGCGUUGGCAUGCCAAGUUGCCAGGAUGCCAUGGUGUAGUCAUUCCCCUACAAACCGAAACCAAAUUAAUAUCACUCUGAAAUUCACCAGUCGCUUCCUUCAUCCUGCUGAAGCUUCACUGCUAUUAAUUUCAAAACCUAAGCAUGCAAUAGGAGGCACUACAAUGACUUUUGCUCUUAAGGGUGAAGUCCGCAAUUUUAAAGCCAUUGAAGUUUUACGUUGCAAAUCUCCAUGUUAUAAAUGGAAAGAAAUUAAUGUGAAUGUUAAAAAUCCCUUCCAUACUGCUGGGGACUUCAGUGAUGCUGGGAAUAGCCCUGAAAGUGAUAAUGUGGAGCGUUGUUGCCAUUCCCCAAAUGCCUUAAGAACCUCAAUUAAGUCCAAUUUCAUCAGAGAGUUCUUCUGCUCCACACAUACUCUUCACCUGGAAGUAAAAGGGACUUCAAGCCUGGAGCUCUUGUUUCUUCCCUUUGACAUGCACACGCGCUACUGUGUCAUCAUCCUUAGCAGCAAAGAGAUUGGAGAAUUAAUUUACGUUGUGGAAGGAAAAGGUAUGAUCCCCUUGCCUUCCUCCUUUCUCCCAAACGAUUCUUCAGCUCCACUUGACUACAGCACUUUGCCAGAGGAAGUGUUGAGUAAGGAAAAUCCAGUUCUGUAUUUGAAAUGUGAGCUCCGUCAAAUCUUGGAUGUGGACCUUAAGUUGCCACUGACUAAUGAAGCCAAGGAAAAGGCCUUGGCCUUGGCGGCCCAGCAGCAGAUGUCGGAUAUAGAGUAUGAGCGACGGUUGAUCACAGGCACCCUGGAGAGCAGCAGUGUUCGUGUGGCCAUCGCCCUCCUGGGGCUGACCAAGAUUGAGACUUGUAUGCUCUUUAAUACCUCAAAGCUAAAGAAGCCUAAGUCCAUUUUAUACACAGCAGAACUGAGCCUUCCAGAACAUUUUGAUAUCCCCAAGAAAAUCUACAUUCCUCAGAUUCCAGAAACUCAAGCUAAAUUGACCCUGUCUCAAGGAAUUAAAUCUGCAAAUAAAACAGAUUUUACUCCAUGGGAGUUAAUGGCCCUUGGCUUUGAGGUGGCCUUCCCUGGCCCCACAGAAUGCCAGGUUCCAUGCCCUACCAUGGCAAGAGGAGCCAGAAAUUCUGAACUUGGGACUGAUCUACCUGUCCCUCAAGCAGCAGCCAAGGGGUUGGCUCCAUUAGUUCUGAAGGAAGUUGCAGGUCAUCCUCAGGCUGAGGAACAUGGAGGCGGGACAAUAGCUGAGGUUGCUGGAGUUGCAGAUGGAUCUGUUCUAGUUCCUUUACGAUUUGUUCCUAUCAGUCCUGGACGCUACCCUUGUAAAAUUUUGCUGAUAUCACAGUAUGAUGUGCGUGUCUAUUGCAUUGAAGGUGUGGUAAAUGAAGAACAUCCAGAGGCUAGGUUUGAAUUUGAAACACCAGCAUUUGAAGCUCUUACCCAACAUAUUCCAAUAAGUAAUAAAACAAAGAACGAAUGGAAAUGGCAAGUUACUAUAGAAGGAGAAUGGUUUUAUGGACCUUCUAUUUUAUAUGUUGGACCAGGUGAAACUGUGCAGUAUCCCCUUACAUUCAAACCUAUUUUGGAAUGUGAGAUUAUGGGCAGACUUACUCUACAAAAUGAAGUAGAUGGUAUGGAGUAUGUCUUUGACAUAAAAGGGAUUGGAAAAAGACCCCUGGCCUUGGAACAUAUCACUAUAGACUGUCAAGUAGGGAAGAUGACAAAUAAACCCAUAAUGGUGCCCAAUUAUACAAAGACCAUCCAAACAUUUAAGGUAACUUCAGAUCUUCCAAUGGUGUGGGGAAACCCAUACAUCACCAUAGACCCUGAUAAUACAGUUCCAUAUAUUCUACAUGUAUCCCCUUGGAAACGUGGUGUGUUCAAAGUUUGUCUCAAUGAAAAUGACAGAAACUCAGCUGAAGCCAAAUUUGGAUCUUACUGGCUUGUUCCCAUCACCAGUGUGGACGGGGGCAUAGUUGUGGAGGCGUGA